GUUUCCAAAAAUAACUUCAGCUUCAACUCUUUCAGCCGUUGUCCCCAGUAACCAACAUGGCUGGAGGUUGAGAGUACGGUUGAAAGAGAUUUAGCCCAACAUAUCCUGCGCCAUCUCUUGAAAUAACACCUCUAUGUUGAAGAUGUCGGGGACAAGCGUUGUGCCGUACUCUCCUCGACAGAAGAAAGCCACCACCCUUGCAGCCAUUGACACAAGUAACGACAGUGUACCUCCAUUAGAUUUCUCCUUCUACAAACUGGCAAGUGUACAAGAUGUUUAUGAUGAGGAACCCCGUGCUGUAACCUGCAAGAAGGGUGAGUCAAGUCCCCGUGUGAGUAAAGAGAACAAGUCCAAGGCGCAGUGUCUCCGCCUCAACAACAACCAGCUGUCUGACAUCAAGCUGCUGUUGGAGGUGACAGAAAGCCUGUUCACCAACCCUGGGGCUCUCGGCUGGAUUGACUUAUCUUUCAAUGAUCUUACUGUUAUAGAUCCUGUACUAACAGAGUUUGAGAAUUUAGAAAUCCUGUAUCUCCAUGGCAACAAUAUAGCAAAGAUCCAGGAGGUGGACAAACUGCAGAGUUUAAGAAGCUUGCGUAAACUGACUCUGCAUGGCAACCCUGUCGAGGAGUUCAAGGGUUACAAGCAAUACAUCCUGUCUCUUAUGCCCUGGCUCCUGGGACUUGACUUCUUCCGCAUAACCAAAGCCGACCUGAAAACUGCUGAGACCUGGAACAAAAUGAGCAACAAGGGCAAGCCGAAAAAGAAGUCAGAUGCUGAAGAUUAAACCACAUUCCCACCAGGUCUCAUAACUCCAGUUUGUCUGUUCCCAUGGUUACCUGUAAACAACAGGUGACUGGUUCAUCGCUGUUGUCCAUCCUGCUUAUCAGGAGCACAUGCCAAGAUGACUGCAAUGAAUGAAGUUUACAGCGAGACUUCAGCUUCCGUCCACUCGGUGAAGGUUGUUGUUUGAACUCCAGAUCAUUGAUGUGCUAAUUUGUCAUUAUGGAUAUAUUUGUUGAAUGCAAAAUGUAUUUGUUGAAUGCAGAUGACCAGCAAUAAUGUUCAUGAUUAAAAGGCAUUCCUCUUGUACAUCAGCAAGAUGAUGUUAAAUUGUUUAGUUUUAUUAUCUGAUCUGUGAAAUCACAGGAUAAUGAACAGACUGGUCAGUCAAAAUGUUUUUAUGAGAAAUGUUUUAUGUAUUUGUUUUUAACCAUACUUCAUUAUUUUAGUUUGAAUUAUGAUUUGUUUAGUUGUCAGUUGGUCAGAAAGUUACUGCAGUUCAUGAUAAAUUGCACAGGCACAUGGUUCAUCAAACAAAUACAUUUCAGAAAAGCUAAAAAUUGUUAAAGUGUGUUGUUUAGGUCUAAUGUUCAAGAAAUGUGUUUAAUUCAAACCAAAAAUCUGACCUUGUGAUAAAUAAUGACACUGAAUAAAGAACUAGAUACAUUCCAUAAUUUAAAUUCCUUUGACUCCUGCGACCUGGGUAUGGUUUCAUUUUUUUGGGGGGGUGAAUGUUCAAUUGGAAUUGAUUGGAGAUUAUUAAUGUAAGCUGGUCAGUCUUCGACCUACUGGUAUAUGAUUUCUGGAGAUGAUUAUGCAAUGGGAACAAUCAGCUAUGAUGUGAUACAUGUAUUUUAUUUAUAGAAAUCCUUGUACAUGUACCUUCUAUUUCCUACGUGUUCCCAACUGUGUGUAUCAAUUACAAUACUGGACCUUCCAUCCCUGAUCACUGUGGCACCUGUAGCCAGAAGUUAAGCAUAACAGAUGGCAGACAGUUUGGAUGAAGAAAUGAGAGAGUUGUUUGUAGCAAGUCUGCAAGCUCGACUUUUCCUGCUUAUCUUUGAAUAUCUACCUGUGACUGUCUGAAUUUACUAAAUAGUCAUAAAAUGUCUAGCAUA